AUGACGUCCGCAGCUUCUGCCUUGCAGGCCCUAGAUCCAAACGUGCAGAUCAGCAAGAACACAGAUUCAGACAAAUUUGCAGCUGACAAUCAAGCCAAGCUCGUCUUCGCUGCAUCGCCCAGUGAUUCUGACCUUGCUACGAGCCCUAGCGCAGGUGCUCCAACGGCCGCGACCAAAAAGCGUGGUGCCAAUCCUUUCCGUGGCCUGGUCAUGUGGCGGCGCAAGUCAGAGGCAGCCACAGCCAAAGUGGAUGAGCCAGAGAAGACGGAAGAGGCCAUGCCGAAGCACGACGCCCAGAAUUCCGUGGAGGAGGAGCGCAAGAAUGAUGGAGAUGUACAGGCCAUUCCCUUUCCUCCAGCAGCGCCGCGCGCCGUUCGGCGAGUCUCGUUCAGCCCGUCGGUCGAGGAAGCAGCAGCAGAUCGAGAGCUUGAGAGCUCUUCGGAAAAAGCCAGAGCUGCUCGAAAGGCUGCAAAGAUCGAAAAAGCACAGCGAAAGGUCGCAAAGCGUGCCAAGAGGGAAGAAGCAAAGGCACGAAAGGAGGAGCAGGAGAAGCUGACCAAGGGUGAGGAGAGCCCCCUUGGCAUUCCCAAACGUAGCGCAAGCGCCGAGCUGAAGGAAGAGUCGGCGAGCUCCAAGGACUCCAAGCAUGCUGUACAAGACAACGAGAGCGCUACGCGUGGCCGAAAUAUCAAGGGCAGGCAAAGGCGCACAUCGUCCUUCAGCAUGGACCGUGCCGGCAUUCACCUUGCUCCCCAGCCAAACCUGGGUGCAGAUGCCCCCAGCAAGGAUGCAAAGUCAAAGCCGGCCCGGCCUCGGACGUCCAAACAGGCAGCUUUGUGUGCCAGACACGCUCGAGCGCUCGAGAAGGUCAUCAUGGCUACAGCUGCGCCCGAAGCGCCGCACAAAUCAUCGAACAAAGGCACUAGCGCUGUCGACGCCAAACAGAUGCGAGCUCUGAAGCGCGCUUUGCUGGAUCAGCACCUCGCCAACGGAAUCAUCGGCGAGCUGCGCGCAAUGCAUCUGCCAGGUACUGGAGGCGUUGGCCUUCCUUCAGAACGUAUCAUCACCGGCGAUGCAGACCUGUUGGGUGGAGGGGAUGCCGGCAAGUCGGGCAGUCCCGCCAAGGAGAUGACGGAAGCAUUGGCAUCUCGAUCGCCUGCACUUGCAGCCCUCGAAAGGGUUGCGAGCGCUCACGAAGAAGCUCGAGAGCAGCAAAGUUCGGAUGUCCAAGCCGCGCCAAAGGCCUCUCCCACUCCUGCUCCAGGUGCCAUCGCGCGUUUUCGUAGACGCCUAUCGUCUUCCGGCACGCGACCGGCAACAGCAUACAAAGCAGCGCUGCACGCUGUCCAGAAGGAUCACGAGCAUUUGGCGGUGAAAGAGACUUCCGACAAAACCACAGCAAAGCACCCGGUCAAGGCGGUGUGGCUCGAUUGCCCGGAGUGUGAGGCGGCAGAACGUCAUGCCACCGCCGUGACAUCUCCUCCGGCAGCAGUCGAGUCGCCUGCUGAGCCCCAGAUGGACGAAGGAAGCAAGAGCUUGGCUGCGACUGGCCUAGCUAUCUGGGGAGCACGGCUUUGGUUUGCUAGUGCUACUCCAAGCGACGAAAAACCAGCAGAAGCUGAGCAGGACGCAAAGACAGCCUCGGCCACUGAAGCGUUGUCGAAGGAGCCAAAUGCUGAGACAGCUGCUGAGAACAGGACCGUAGAUUCGGAUCCUAGGAUUUUGCUGUCUGGUGGGCUCUUAUCAGGCGUCUCGCCCGUUUCUCUCUUGCUUUCGCCCGGGCCCACGGCUAUCAAUGCAGCCGGUCGCGCGAGCGGAGCUUUCGAUGCGCUGGGUGCAAUGACGGCAGCUGCUGUCAGAGCUGACGCGGGCGGGAUCGAUGCCAUGGGACAAGUCCGACCACCAUUGGAUCGAUGCGCCAUUUUUGUGCAUUGGUGGGGAUUCGAGAUCACCAUGCCUCCACCCACGAUGAACUACCUAUCUACUGCCCAUUCCAUCUCUGGAGCCUUCUUGAGCUUCUUGCAGACCAUGGUGGUCUCUGGGGGUGUCCCAGAAUUGCUGCCCUUUGUCAAAUACAUUUCCCAAUUCGUGGAGAUGGAGUUCUCGGCCAUCAAGAGUCAGAAUCGAGGAGAUGGAGUCAUCGUCGCUGCUACCUUCCUCAUGCCCUUUGCCCUCGUCCCGCGUCCUUGGGACUACUCUACCGAACGUCUACGACUUCCAGUCCCUACACAGCCUGGUGUCACGCCAGUUCCAGCACCUCCUUCGGCACCCAAACGGACCUCAUCUGCACCUACCCACCCCCUGCCUCUGUCCGCCUUCCCCGUAGUGUCGUCUCAAGAAGCGGCCUUCGCGGCGCCUCCGGCAUUUCCUGGACGUCGAGGCUCCCCUUCACCUACAAAAAGAUCGCCUUCACCCUCGAGAAGGUCGGACUCGGCUGUGCUUGCUGCCUCCAAGGAGGGCCUCACCCCACCCGCCACCCCCAGAGCGUCCUUUCAGCUUCCGCCAGGACUCAAGCUAGACGCGCUAGCUGAACUGCCCGAGGGAAGCAUUCGGAUCCCAGCAAAGGCUUGA